AUACAAUUUCAAUCAUUAAGUAACGCACAAAAAAGAGUAGAAAUUUACUUACUCAAAUUUCAGAAUUCGUUUAUACUGUUAACACGUACCAUGGAGUACUAUCACCAUUCAAUUAACAAAAUGGCCAUGUUUAUGGUUAUUCUAGCGCUAGCCAUAGAUGUGACUAUGGUAUUAGGCCAAGGAACCCGUGUUGGAUUUUAUUCCAGUACGUGCCCAAGGGCCGAAUCCAUAGUUCAAUCAACGGUGAGGGCUCAUUUUCAGUCUGAUCCAACGGUGGCACCAGGAAUCCUGAGAAUGCACUUCCAUGAUUGUUUUGUACUUGGUUGUGAUGGUUCUAUCCUCAUUGAUGGUUCAGACGCUGAGAGAACUGCUAUCCCAAAUAGAAAUUUGAAAGGAUUCGACGUUAUUGAGGAUGCUAAGAAGCAAAUUGAAGCUAUCUGUCCUGGAGUUGUUUCCUGUGCUGAUAUUCUUGCUCUUGCUGCUCGUGAUUCCGUUGUUGCGACUAGGGGACUGACAUGGUCUGUGCCUACGGGACGUAGAGAUGGGCGAGUUUCGAGAGCAGCUGAUGCGGGUGACCUGCCAGCCUUUUUUGAUUCUGUGGAUAUUCAAAAGCGAAAGUUUCUUACAAAGGGUCUCAACACUCAAGAUCUUGUUGCCCUUACUGGUGCACACACUAUUGGAACCGCAGGUUGCGCAGUCAUCAGAGACAGGCUAUUCAAUUUCAACUCCACUGGUGGCCCUGACCCUUCAAUAGAUGCAACCUUUCUUCCUCAGCUUCGAGCAUUAUGUCCACAAAAUGGGGAUGCCGCAAGGCGUGUGGGACUAGACACUGGAAGCGUAAACAAUUUCGACACUUCGUAUUUCUCGAACCUGAGGAAUGGUCGUGGAGUUCUGGAAUCAGACCAGAAGCUGUGGACCGAUGCUUCUACACAGGUGUUUGUCCAAAGGUUUUUAGGUAUUAGGGGAUUGCUUGGAUUGACAUUCGGUGUGGAGUUUGGCAGGUCCAUGGUUAAAAUGAGCAAUAUUGAAGUUAAGACUGGCACUAAUGGUGAAAUUCGUAAAGUUUGCUCUGCUAUAAACUAAUGUAGAUAUUGUACUCUUUUAUGUACUUACUAUUCUUGUACUUAGUUCUUUUUCAGUCAGCGCAAGCUGCAAAAUCGAAUUGUGUGGUACCCAAUAUCAGUAAUAAAAACAUUUACAGAGUGAAGUUGCUGUUGCUCA